CCCUCUUUCAGCUGACCUGAACAAUGUCAGGUUCUCAGCUUAUAGGACUGCCAUGAAGCUCCGAAGACUACAGAAGGCUCUUUGCUUGGAUCUCUUGAGCCUGUCAGCUGCAUGUGAUGCCUUGGACCAGCACAAUCUCAAGCAAAAUGACCAGCCCAUGGAUAUCCUGCAGAUCAUUAAUUGUUUGACCACCAUUUAUGAUCGCUUGGAGCAAGAGCACAACAAUUUGGUCAAUGUCCCUCUCUGCGUGGAUAUGUGUCUCAACUGGCUGCUGAAUGUUUAUGAUACGGGACGAACAGGGAGGAUCCGUGUCCUGUCUUUCAAAACCGGCAUCAUUUCUCUGUGUAAAGCACAUUUGGAAGACAAAUACAGAUAUCUUUUCAAGCAAGUGGCAAGUUCAACAGGAUUUUGUGACCAGCGUAGGCUGGGCCUCCUUCUGCAUGAUUCUAUCCAAAUCCCAAGACAGUUGGGUGAAGUUGCAUCUUUUGGAGGCAGUAACAUUGAGCCAAGUGUCAGGAGCUGCUUCCAAUUUGCCAAUAAUAAGCCAGAGAUUGAAGCGGCCCUCUUCCUAGACUGGAUGCGAUUGGAACCCCAGUCCAUGGUGUGGCUUCCUGUCUUGCACAGAGUGGCUGCUGCAGAAACUGCCAAGCAUCAGGCCAAGUGUAACAUCUGCAAGGAAUGUCCAAUCAUUGGAUUCAGGUAUAGGAGCCUAAAACACUUUAAUUAUGACAUCUGCCAAAGCUGCUUUUUUUCUGGUCGAGUUGCAAAAGGCCAUAAAAUGCACUAUCCCAUGGUGGAAUAUUGCACUCCGACUACAUCAGGAGAAGAUGUCCGUGACUUUGCCAAGGUACUAAAAAACAAAUUUCGAACCAAAAGGUAUUUUGCGAAGCAUCCCCGAAUGGGCUACCUGCCAGUGCAGACUGUCUUAGAAGGGGACAACAUGGAAACUCCCGUUACUCUGAUCAACUUCUGGCCAGUAGAUUCUGCGCCUGCCUCGUCCCCUCAGCUUUCACACGAUGAUACUCAUUCACGUAUUGAACAUUAUGCUAGCAGGCAGCAGAAAUGGAAAACAGCAAUGGAUCUUAUCUAAAUGAUAGCAUCUCUCCUAAUGAGAGCAUAGAUGAUGAACAUUUGUUAAUCCAGCAUUACUGCCAAAGUUUUGAACCAGGACUCCCCCUGAGCCAGCCUCGUAGUCCUGCCAGAUCUUGAUUUCCUUAGAGAGUGAGGAAAGAGGGGAGCUAGAGAGAAUCCUAGCAGAUCUUGAGGAAGAAAACAGGUGAGUUUUCUUUCUAGCUUUGU